AUGAGAAUCGAGUCGUGCUAUUUCUGCUCGCAGCCCUGCUACCCGUCCAAGGGCAUCACCUUUGUCCGCAACGAUGCUCGUGUUUUCCGUUUCUGCAGAUCAAAAUGCCACAAGAACGUAUGUUUUGUCUUGCGACGUCUCCGGACCAAGGUCAUAUCUCUAACACACCCUUCAACANNGUUCAAGAUGAAGCGUAACCCUCGCAAGCUGGCCUGGACAAAAUCUUUCCGCGCCGCUCACGGCAAGGAAAUGACCGUCGACAGCACCCUCUCCUUUGCCGCCCGCCGCAACGUUCCCGUCCGCUACAACCGCGACCUGGUCGCCACCACCCUCAAGGCCAUGCAGCGCGUCUCCGAGAUCCGCGCCAAGCGCGAACGCCAGUUCUACAAGAACCGCAUGCGCGGCAACAAGGAGCGCGACCUCGAGGCCGACCGCAAGCUUGUCGCAGAGAACCAGCACUUGCUGCCUCCUGCCGAGCGCGAGGCUGCCCAGAAGUUGCUCGAGGAGGACGAGAGCGAGAUGCUGGAUGUUGUCGACGAGCUGGACGAGGAGGAAGAGGAGGAACUCAAGAAGCAGCAACUGGCCCAGCAGAAGCUCAAGGCAAAGAAGAAGCAGAGAUUGGUCAGAGGCUCUGGACCCGAAGACAUGGAUGUCGACGCAUAA